AUGACAUUCAUUGGAAUAGAUGGGGCAAUCUUGAUCACAUUCAUCAAUACAAUCCUUGAACAUUAUGGAGAUGAAUUCAGACUUACAAAUAUUCCUGGUCUGAAGAAGAUGACGGGAUAUAGUGACUUUACGAAUUGUGUAUCAAAUUACGUAGCAUGCAGUGAUUGCUAUACCUUGUACAAUUAUAGCAACAACACAUACACAUCUUGGAAUUCCAAAAAAGUCAGUAGCAAGACUUUUUGCGGAAACGAUCUCUACAACUCCGGUAUAAGAAAUGCAGUGAUUCAAAAGCGCACCUUUCGGUUGUUCAGUUUUGAUCGCUUCAAUGGUGUCUUGAAAGGAUUUCAGACAAAUCAAAAGAGCGGGUUUGAGAAGACGUACAUGAAGAAGUUCAUUGAGGUUUCUUCCAAGGGUGAUUUCUAUCACACACAUCUCAACACCAUUACCAGCCCCUCUUACAUCCCUCUCUUCAGCAAACUUACCGACAGUAUAACCAGAACAAUUCCAUCUGGCAAUCAUCAAAACUCGCCGCCAUUCUUUCAUCUUCCGUCAUUCCUGGAAUCCGCCACCAAUCCGGAACAACAAACGUUUGGUAACGAGCCUCUUCCGCCUUCCGCCUUGCCACUGGUUUUAAAAGAAGCAACAACAAUGAGAAAAUCAGAGUAUGGCUGUCUUCUAAAGUUCUACAAGAUUGAGUAUGAUGAUGAGUCUCUGUGUAGUGCAAAAACCAUGAUAAGGCACAGAAUUUUUGUCAAUGACAGAGUUCAAAAGAUUUCAUUUAUCAAUCUUCUUGGACAAGUCUACAAAGGCGACGAAGGCUUGGUCAUGAGAAAGUCCUAUAUACAGGCCAGAAAUUUGACUACAAAAAUUAGAUCUUCAUUAUACAAUCCAUUAUUGAAUUGCUAUGCAAAUUAA